AUGGCCAGCGAGUAUACUUUAAUGCAGAAAAUCUACAACGUCUCCAGCGGCAACUUGAAGCUCCAGGGGGCCCCAAUCAUGCUGUUCAGGAAUCUGGAUCCACCUCGUCUGUGUAAUGGCACCAGAGUGGUGGUGAAAGCGAUGCGACUCCAUGUCCUAGAGGUAACAAUUAUGACUGGGAACUUCAUUCUUCGGAUCCCGUUAAUCCCAUAUGGACUUCCCAUUGAAUUUAAACGGUUCCAGUUCCCAGUGAAACUAAGUUUCGCUAUGUCAAUAAACAAAUCUCAAGGACAGUCUCUCAACAUUGUUGGACUUUACCUUGCUUCUCCUUGCUUCUCCUUGCUUCUCUUAUGGGCAAUUAUAUGUUCGCGAGUUGGAAGUCCCCAAAAUCUUUUCAUUUAUACACCAAUUAAGACACACUCAAAACAUUGUAUAUCUAGAAGCUCUAGAUAA